UUAACUUCUACGAUAAUAAAACUCAAACUCUACCGUUGUGCCGUGUACUAGUCUCAACGAUCAUAUCGUUGGGGAAACCACGUAAUCUCGUGUCUUGUGUUUCUCGUUUUCUAGUAGCGAUUGACAUGGUAUCAGAGCCUCUUGUCUCUCACUCGUGAUUUGAUUGUGCUUCUCGUGCUUGCUGUGUUCGUGGGAUUUGUCUGGAGGGAUUCAUUGUGUUUGUGCUUCAAGGUUUUUUGUGGCUUCUUGUAUUCGUGUGUUGUCUCGUGUUCAGGGUGUUUUGGUGUUGCGUGAUAUCAUGGAGGGCUCGAAGAAUGAUGUGAUUGUUGUCCGCUUCAAUGCUAAGAACUAUACUUUGUGGGAGUUUCAGUUUUGACUUCAUGUUCAGGGUCGGCGGCGCCGGGGGAGAAUGCCUCGACGAAGUGUUGGGACCGGCUCAUGUGGUAGAGGAUUGGCGGUGGUAAUUCAAAAAAAGGAAAAGAAAAAAAAGUGAGUGGCGAGCAGAUGAAGCAGGUGAACUCCCAACCAAAUUCAUAAAUUUGGUUCCCUCUUCUUUUGCUAUAAAAGGGACGUUGGGUUCCCUUUGGAAAGCAUCCCAUUUUUCCAUCUUCAUCAUUCUUCUUUGCUAGCUCUCAGUUUUAUUUCUUUCUUGUGGUUUCGGUUGUGAAACGUUUUCACAAUCACGGGUAGAUAGGAGAAUUUCUUGUGUGUGAAAUCGUGAGGUUGUUUGGGAAACAUCGUGUGUUCUAUUUCUUGUUUCGAGAAAAUCUCUGUAACCUACCAUUGUUAUAGUGAAGAAAUAAUCCGGAGCUGCUGUUCCCGUGGACUGGCCCAAAAUCAGGGUAUACCACGUAAAUCCUCGGUGUUAUUUACUUACCGUCUAUGCUUGUUGUUAUUUUGAGAAUAGUCGUAGUAUAUUGCAUUAUUAAAUUACCGAAGUAAAUUGAUCUAAGUAAGUUGGUUACCGUAAUUUUGGAGGCUCUGCCACCAGGUCCAACUUACCUGUGAACUUUUUACAAGCGUGUGAUUUAUUAGUGCAAUAUAUUUACCCGCUAUUCUCACCAGCUGCGCCCAAUAAGUGGUAUCAGAGCCACGUCCAAAUGGAGCCAAAAACAAGCAAGAUGAUAAGUUUGAAUGGCUCCAGCUAUCACAUAUGGAGAAACAAGAUGAAGGAUCUCCUACUCGUGACGGAGUUGCAUUUGCCGGUGUUAAGCCCAACUAAACCUGGUUGCAAAACUGAAGAGGAAUGGAAGUUCAAGCAUGAGCAAGUAUGUGGCUACAUUCGGCAAUUCGUCGACGACAAUGUGUACAACCACAUAAGCGGAGAAACUCAUGCCAGAACUCUAUGGAACAAGCUGGAGGCACUUUAUGCAUCAAAGACCGGCAACAACAAAUUAUUUUAUCUGACCAAGUUGGUCUAGAUGAAAUACAAGGAAGGCACAUCCUUGGCGGAUCACUUGAACGAAAUUCAAGGGAUCGUGGAUCAGUUGUCCGGUAUGGGCAUAAAGAUGGAAGAUGAGGUGGUCGCUCUCCUGGUUCUGGCUUCCCUUCCAGAAUCGUGGAAGACAUUGAAGAUUUCACUUACCAACUCUGCGAAAGAUGGAGUUAUCAGCAUGGAGGUUAUCAAAAGCGGAGUCCUGAAUGAAGAGAUGCAGAAAAGAUCACAAGGUGCAUCCUCAUCAUCUUCCCAGUCAGACCAUUUGGCGGUGGAUUCUAGAAGCAGAGGAAGAAGUGAAGCGAGAGGCUCGAAGCAAAGAGCCAAGAGUCGAGGGAAGUCCAACAAGUUUGCCAACAUCCAUUGUCAUCACUGCAAGGAGAAGGGCCACAUCAGAAUAUUUUGUCCAAAGUUCAGAAACGAGAGAAGAAAGGGCAAACAAGAUGAUAAUAGUGAUGAUGAUGGUGCAAACUCUGUUGAUGAGUUCAAUAUUGUCUACGAGGAAGAUGUUGUCAACCUGACAACCUAGGAGACAAGCUGGGUGGUUGAUAGUGGUGCAACCAUCCACGUGACGUUCAAGGGAGAAUUUUUCUCAUCUUACACACUAGGUGACUUUGAUGCCUUCUUUUAUGUGAAUGCGACGGUCGACAGGGGAGAUGAGAGGUAGACUGGUUGGUGUUUUGUAGCUUCAGGGAUGGUGUUUUGCAAGAAAAGAAACAAUUCAACAAUGAAAAGGAAUGGGAAACCAACUUCCUUAUAGCAACAAAAUAACACAAUAACUCUUAUGCGACGAACCACGGUUGGGCUUGGGGCUGCAGCCCGAUCUUCGUGGUUUAGCCAGCUCGGCCCGUGGAGGCUCUCCCGCAUCAUUAUGUUUCAUGAGUUAUUUGCAAAUUUUAUCCUCAUUUUCCGAGGUUUUUCUAGGAAGAUGGGCUGAUGUGGGAUGUGAAGGAGGGGGAAGAAAGUCAGAAGAAGGAGCAGCUGGUAGACUUGUUUGACAAUCCUUACUGAGUCAUGUAUGGAGGGAGAGAUGCAAAAGACUAGAUACAUCUGAAGUUUGGGAGCAGUGAUUAGUGUUAUACAUAUACUCGGACCGAUUUCUUAGCCCAAUUGAGGAGACACAUCCGCAACAGUAUAAUAAUUGGGUCGGGCCUAGCUUCCUUGUCCACCUGGGACUAGAGGCCGCGCGGAAUAGAGGGGCAUUCUUGUGGGAUAGUUUCAGGAGAUCGUCAAGGAAUCAGAGUUUGAGAAAUGAUUUACUCUAUUUAUAAUUAUUUCUUUUGUUUCUUGAAUUUUAAUAUGUUGGAUCUAGAAUUAUUCGUUGUUUGUUUUCCAUGAUUAUGAACUUAACCCUACUUUUCUACGGGAAAACCAUAGGAUGUAGCUAUCAGAUUCCUAUAAUUUAAGUGGGAUUAUUUGUCUUUCUCAUUCAUAUUGUGUGUGGAUUUUUAAUGGUUAAUGGUUUGUGUAGACUGGGCACCUGCAUAUUGAAUUGUUGUUAUAGGUUGAGACCGAGAGGAGAUGCCUAGGAUACAACACUCCUACACAAUACAGUCGAAAUCACGCUUUAAAAUUAAACUUAAGAGCUUAUGGUUUUAGACUUCUAGGUCACCAAAACACUUUCGUUUCAUAUAAAAUCUUUAGUGUAUAAAAUCGAACUAAAUUGCGCUUUAAAGCAUAAAAGCUUACGCGUUUACGUUUCUAGUUCACCAAAACGCUUUACGCUUUUACUCUACUUUUAUGCACUCUUGCGUAACAAGAUAAAAAUGUUCACUUAGGAUAAAUUGCACCAUUUUGCCUAAAUAUGUUCAUUUACGAAUUUCUUUUGAUUUUCAAGUUCUUUUGAUUUUCGAGUUAGAAUUAUAUUUUAAAAUCUUCUGGUUAUCAUUAAGUUGUUGGAUUGUGAGUACUCUUUACUUGUAGACAAGCGAAGUUAAAGUGUGAGAUAUUUAUGAUGACACUCAAAUUAUAAGUUUUAUCAUGUUAAUAUUCGAUACAUUUUCCCCUCCUAUAGAUGCAUUCUUAGUACAUUUUAUAUCUAAAACAUAAAUAUUUUAUCAAUGCAAUAGACAUAGGAUAUGAUUUUAUAUCUUUCGAUACCUCUUUGGUAUGUUUUGAUGUUUUCAAGGUAAAUACAAACUAGGAGUAUUUGGAUCAAGCAUUGGAGCAGUCUAGAGGACCAAAUGAGCUAUAAAAAGAAGUUUAUGGAGUUUUCACGCAAAAGGAGAGGUCUCGUGAUGAAGAAAUCUUUUGGAAGUUGUAAGAAGAGCCCAUAAGAGUCCACAACAGAAGAAUCGGUCUAAACCGGAACAAUAAUCAGUGACAUCCUAGUAAUGGGUGGAAGUCACUUACUAGAGGAUAUGAUGGGUUGGGUAUUCAUUUUAUGAAAUUAAUUAUAAAAGGUAUUAAAAAUA